UUCCGCCAUGGCGUGGAACGGUCUCACUGAAACGCCCUCUGCUGGCGAAGAUUGAGUCAAAACAUUGGAGGAAAAAAAACAGAAUAGGACGUCAUGGACCUGCAGCAGUUGGAGGAGGAGGCCCGCCAGGCGGCCUUAAAGGACAUUCAGAACAUGCUGCAGCGACCCGGGCAACUGGAGAAGGUGGAGCAGUACCGACACCGCAUUGCCCGCAAGAAGGCCUCCGUAGAGGCGCUCCUCAAGACCGGGAUGCAAAACCAACUGGAUGGCGUAAGGGUGGGCCUUAAGCAACUGGAGACCUGUAUGCAGGAUGUCAAGGAGGUGCGAAAAAGGAUGGGCGAGGUGGAACGCCUCCUCCAGGGGGUACCAGAAGUGUACGAUGCCCUCGAGGUGGUGAGGGAGGAGAACACGAAGCACUCGCAGUACGCCACCGCUAUGGAGAACCUGAAGCACAUCUUCAACGUGGACGCGAGUGUGCAGAAGACGAUGGCCCUGAUCGAGGACGAUAAGCUGCUCAACGCCCAUCAGUGCCUCGCCGAUCUGGAGAACUCACGGGAUGAUCUCCUAUACGAGCUGCACAAGCAACCAAAGCAACACGCCUCCGACAAGAUCACCCUGAAGCGUCACUUCGAAAAGGUUGACACCGUCUCCCAAGAGCUCGAGAAGAAGCUGCGCCUGAUCAUCAGUCGCACGCUGAACACCUUGCGCAAAAAGCCAACAAUUAUAGUCACUGCGUUGAGGAUCAUAGAGCGCGAGGAGAAGAAUGACCAGUUCGCGCUGCAACAGCAAAAGGUCACAGGGUUUCUGCCACCUGGCAGGCCGAAAGCCUGGAGAAAAAUGAUAAUGGGAGUGCUGCAACAGUCGGUGGUCACUAGGAUCGAGGGCUCAAAGCUGGAGGAGCGAGCAGACAACAAGAUGUGGCUGGUGCGAGACCUAGAGAUCCUGCGCCAGAUUAUCCUAGAGGAUCUUCGCGUGGUCAAGUCCCUCUGUGUUCCCUGCUUCCCGCCGCACUAUGACAUAUUCGGAGAGUACGUCAAGUUCUAUCAUGAGGGUUUGUCCAGCUACCUGGACAACAUUGUGCGAUCUGGGCUGGAGGGCAAUGAAUACGUUUCUAUGCUAGCCUGGGUUACGCACACAUACCCGGGUGUGGAGCUGAUGGCCCACCCCGAUCUCAACGUGGAUGUGCACAAGCUUAUUGGGCCUCUGCUUCGACCGGAGCACCUGAAGGCACUGGAGGACGAAUACCUGCAGAACAUGCAGCGAAACUUCCAGGAAUGGAUGACCAAGGCCGCGGAGACGGAAAAGCAGGAAUGGUUCUCUGAGAUGGUACCGGAUCAAGACGAACACUACUACCACACCUCGGCGCCGGUGAUCAUUUUCCAGAUGAUAGACCAGCACUUGCAGGUUACGAACACCAUCCACCAAGAACUUACGUUCAAGGCGCUGGUGAUGAGCAUUCAACAGGUGGAAAUCUUUGGCCAGACGUAUCUGAAGAACGUCAUUGAGCUGAAGGAGCACCACUUCCGUAACAGGGAUCAGAUAAAGUACUUCACGCACUACAUCAUCACCAUCGUGAACAACAGCCAGCAAAUGGUGGAACUGGCGCAGCAGAUGAAGCAGCUCUACUGGCCCAAGUCGCGCACGGAGCACUAUGAGGACUUUGAACGGCUCCUGGGUACGUUCCAAAGGAUACGAGCACACGCCGCCAGCUAUCUUCUGGAGGAGGCCUUCCUGGACAUGGAGUGCCAUUUCAACGACCUUUUCACAGCCAAGUGGUUGGCUAGCAACAUCGCUGUGGAUACCAUCUGUGUGACUUUGGAGGACUACUUCCAGGACUACAAUCACCUGCGGCCGAACAACUUUGAGAUGGUGAUCAACGAGGCACAGAAGCUGCUGGCCAAGCGCUACAUCCGAGCACUGCUUUCUAAGCGGCUCUCAAAACCGCGCACCGAGAUUGAGGCCAUCACCCGGAAGAUAAAGGCAGAGGCCAAGCGGUUCAAGCUCUUCUUCGAGAAAAUAGCUCCUAAGAUAUCCCUCAGCGAUUCUCCUCUUGACCUCAUAUCUACUCUCUCUGCUCUGCUCAGCUCAGACAUUGAAUUGUUGGUCCUGGACUUGCACACGUUGCUCGGCAGUUAUCCUUCCCUCAACGAAGACCAUCUGGUGCGACUGUUCUACGUCCGCAACGACGUAAAGGCGGCUGAGGUUCGGGAAAAGGUGCAGGAUGCGAUGAAGUCCAAGAAGGCCAUGGUCAGCAUUGCCAAGCAGGACUGUAUCUUUAAAGAAAUCGUAUUCAACGACAAAUUGUGGUAGACUGCCAACCCCUCCUGUGUAGUCCCCAAUCCCUGUCGCCUUCCGGAGAACUCCCUUUGUUCAGUAUCGUGCCUACUCUUAAGUUGGAAUUGUAACAUACAUCAGAUCAGAUCAGAAAAUAACUAAUUAUACAUAACUAUUAUUAUAAACGGAAUAAUCGAUUAUUAAAGUAUCAAAUUAUAUUAAAACUUAA